CUCGCGCACAGAAGCGUUCGGAAGUGAAAUAUAUUUUAUUAAUAAUAUUACCGUCGAGGCAACAGAGGUCUCUUGCCACAAAGGCUAUAUGGUGUAUACGAUCUGUGGAAUAUACAAUAUCAACAAGAAAUACCAGCAAGCACGCAGAACAAAAGCUGUACAGAACGCACCGUAGUUAUUCAUUCAUUCAUUCAACUUUGUGCCGCGCAGUGCGUAGUUCCCUCAGUUCCUUCGCGAGUACGAGCACCUCCAGAAAGAGAUCAGCCAUCAGCCAGCGAUCCAUCUAUCUAUCCCCAGACAGAUCCCAUAGAAAUACCACAUCGUUAAGUACGUGACUCGAGCAGAGGCCCAGGCCCGGACCACAGACCGAUUCCAACAACCGUCGCGUAAUUCCAGUUUCCAGUUUCCACAACAUUCCACCCGUUUGUUUCCCAGCCGCAACAGCAGCAUCGUAACAUUUCCGCUCUCUCCCAUUGGGUGUUUGCCUUAAAGUGCGCCAUAAACCAAAAAGUCAACAGCAGCAGCAGCAGCAGUGCGGCCCACCCAAAACGCCCACAACACCAUAGGGAGAAAUCACAGAUAGAGCAGCAGCAGCAGCAGCAGAAAAAAAGAUAGUCGGACGGGAGCAGCGUUGCCGCAUUUCACCAGGAAAAAACCAACCAACUGGCAACACUCACCGUAAUUAACGGUGUUAUCUGGCGAGAGAUAACGAUUAGACGAAAGAGAGUGUACACCGAGCAAAAGCUCACCCAAACACACAGCACACGGCACACGGCAACUCCCCCACUGACAGACAGACAGAGAGAGAGAGAGAGAACGAGCAAGUCAUUGUCAGUCCCCCCAUUUGUUGGUUGGGCGAGAGAGCGAGUCAGAGAGAAAGAGAGCAGCCCAGCACAGAGAGUGAGGUGAGAGAGAGAGAGCAGUGAGUACAGUGAGUACACUCCGCCGAAAAAGCCACCGAAAAGCCCCCGAGGGAGAAGCCGCCACAUACCGCCGUCAAAAUGUUUGCUGUAAUGCGAAUCGACAACGAUGACUGCCGGUCGGACUUCCGUCGCAAGAUGCGUCCAAAGUGCGAGUUCAUUUGCAAGUACUGCCAGCGGCGUUUCACCAAGCCAUACAACCUGAUGAUCCACGAGCGCACCCACAAAUCGCCCGAGAUCACAUACUCGUGCGAGGUCUGCGGCAAGUACUUCAAGCAGCGUGAUAAUCUUCGCCAGCACAGAUGUAGUCAGUGUGUUUGGCGAUAAGCUAAAAUACCAUAUAUACAUACAAUAUAUAUAUAAAUAUAUAUAAAAAAAAACCACACACACAGAGCAAUAUAUAAAGUAAAACCGAUAUCUAAGCACCGCAGCACCAACAACAGCACGCAAUAUCACAGCUAUAUCUUAUAUAUAUAAACUACAAUAAAUCCAUUUGAAUGGGAUCUGAACAGCAAAACGAAGCAACAGCCGCAAAAGCAAACGCAAAAGCAAAAGCAACAGCCUACAACAAUCACACACACACACCGCCUUCUUCAUUCACCACUCAAAAAAAAAAAAUAUAGAUAUAUAUAUAUAAAACGUUAAGCCUAAGUUCAACAGCCACAACAUCGUGUACUAUAAUGAAUGAAUGGAUGGCUAGAUCGGGUGUUGGUUUUAUCUAUUUCGAUUUUUUUGGUUUCUUUGGUCUCUUCAAUGCACUUGCCACGCCCCCCCAUCCAUCAACAAAAAACAUUCACAAAAUGUUGCGCAGGCGCAGCACCACCAACAGCAACAGCAACAACAACGACAAUAGCAGCAACAACAACAGAACAGAAGCAACAAAAUUCUCUUCAAAAUACUUGCAGAAAUCUACACAAGGACACCUGUGGGCGUGGUGGUUAUGGGAGGUAGAAGAAACCACUAAAGCAACCAGUGGAACAUUUAUUCCUAGCAACAAUAACCGAUAGAGCUUUCGCUUAAGCCACAUUAAAAACGCAAUAUAAUCACUCGAUCCAGCAGUAUUCGGGGGGGGAUGAUCCAACACCCCCCUUAAAGGAUCCAACAGGAUUCAAGGGAUCUGUCAACCCAGCAGGAUAUUCCUACCCAGCAUCAUUAACAGCUAGAGCAACAAUAACCGAUCCAGCAAACCGGAAGGAAGCAACACUUAACCGCUUGAUUAGAACCACAUAAACUCCACCAAAAUGUUGCCAGAAACUUUCUCAAGUGUGGCUCAAAUUGCCAGCGAAAGUGCAAUUAAGCUUAAGCUUCUUGCGCUUUCUAUACUAACGGUAACGAAAGUCACACACAGAGGGUUUAACUUCCCUUAGCAACAUUUAGAAAUAGAAACAUAAAUCAGCUGCAAUUCUCUUGCCUUCAAAAUUGAACAUUUUACCCCCUGCCCUCCCUCGCUAUAUUUUUAUGAAUAAUGAAAUUAAUUAAAACUUAACAAUAAUACAAAAAACAAAACACACACACACAGACACCCCUAAAUCAUAAGU